GAAUAAAUACGAAAAAAAGAUAAAUACGAGUAGAUUCUGGUAUCGUUCGCGUGUUGAAAAGCGGGUCCGCGCAGGUACGAUCGCACGCACGUGCUGAAGUCGGUGGAGGUGUACGAGCCCGCGAGCAACACGUGGGCCCCGCUGCCGGACAUGCGCGGGCCCCGCGCGCGCUUCCCCGCCGCGCGCCUGCGGGGGGCGCUGCUCGUGCUGGGCGGCAGCGACGGACUGGCCGAGCUCGACUCGGUCGAUGCGCUCGAGGCGGGCGGCGGCGCCUGGCGCGCGCGCAAGCGGCUGCCGGGGGCGCGCGUGCACGCGGCCGCGGCGGGGGCGGGCCCCGGGCAGGGGGAGGGGCAGGGGGAGGGGGAGGGCGCGCUGUACGUGGUGGGCGGGUGGGCCGCCGGGCACCACCUGAGGCGCGUGGACCGGUACUCGCCCGACACCGACGAGUGGACCGAGGCCCCGCCGCUUAUCACAGGUCACUACAUGAUCCAUUCACUAUCGAUUCAAUCUGUGACGUUCCUAAUUUUUCAGGUUGAACGUUCCCCCGCUUUAGAAUUUUUGUUAAAACUGUUUUCGACGGACGGACUUUCGAUUUGACCGUCUUGUCCGUUAGUCGCCAACGUUAAAUGCUAGAAUGCUGACGGAAUCCCGACCUUCGGUGUACCGAGAUUUAUUUUACGGAUCCUUCAUUUUUUUUUCAUGUUUCAUAAUCGGUUCUUAGAUCGGAACGAUUCGCGGAUAUGACUUCUUAUCGUUUACAUUGGAAC